AAUGGUGUAACUAGAACCCCCCUUUGGUAGUCAACAUGAUGUUUGUAAAUAUUUCUUGAGAUUCCCAGUAGUGCAUGGUUCAUCCCCUAAAUUGUUCCCUACAACGCAACCGUAUAACGGUGAAAACAAUACAUAUAGACGAAAUCAUAAAUUCACUCAACAUUAUUUUGCAUGCAGAUGACAGCAAACCCCUUUCAAAUUUAAACUACUUGACUUACGCGCCGAUUCUUCUAGUAUGGGAGAUAAUUCCGUCGUUUUAGUACUCCGAAUUCAAAACAAAAUCUACAAAGAAUAUUGGUAAUAUCGUUUACGUAUAAUGUACAUAUAGUUAAAAGUAAGCUUCAGCAGAUUCAAUGGGCGAUUGUAAAUAGCAAAACGCACCUGCUAACACACCAUUGCAUAAUAUAAGUUUAGCCUAUAGAUCCAGCCUCGACUCUCAUAAGAUCAAUUAAAGUGCUACUAGAUAUGUCUGACAAACAUUUAAAAGGUCAAAAUAAAGAGACUGGAAGAGAAGGACCCUACACCCACAAUUCUGUAGAUACCACCAGCUUUUCCGACACUACUUUAGCAUUUAGUGCAAGCACUGAUGCUGGUGAUACUUCUGCUAAUGCUGGUGAUACUUCUGCCAACUCUGGUGAUCGGCUGAACACCAAUGAUGCUGAUAUUACUGAUUCUAGCGAUAAACCUAAUCCAAAAUAUAGCGAAGAGCACUUCACUAAUAAAACCGUUCAGGAUUUAUUAAGUACAUUGAAUGAACAGCAAAUUGAAUUGCUUGCUCUUGGAUCAGAUUUUUUUACAAAGUUGCAACAUUUCACAACAGAUGAAAAUAUUGCAGCAGUCUUGAAUAUCCCGAAAAAGACUGACAAAGAUAACAGCGAACAUGCAAGUGACUUCCCUGAAGUUGAUCCUACACCAAACCUGAAUGAGACCGAAAGAAGAGAGGCUUAUCUUAAUUUUGGUAAAGCUUUCAUUGUCUUGUUGUUUGCAGAAGCUGAAAGGUUAGGUUUAGUUGAAGAAUUAACGACUAGUCUUGACGUUUUAUUCGAAUAUUUUGAACCGCUGAACGAAUAAGAGUU